AUGGCGGACGAGGAGUUAACUGAUAUCAUGGUAGACAUGGAGUUUGGAGAACUGAUGAAAAACUGGAUAGAAGAUUGGUCAGAUGAUGAAAAUUCAGAUUGUGAAGAUCGGUCAGAGAAUGGGAACGAAUGGGACGAUCUUAAUUUCAUUUCCGAAUGUCAUAAUGCGUACGACUAUUACGGUGAAUCUGACGCGGAGACUGGCCUUAACGACGAAUCAUUAGAUGCACCUGAUUCUGGGGAGUCCCAGUCGUCGGUCAUCAUGAGUGAGGUGACACAAGAUGAUGGGGCAAAGAAUGUCCAAGAUAUUGCCAGUGCAGAUGAUAAGAGGGAUAUGUUCAUGCAGAUAAUGGAAAUGACCUUUACGUCUCACGAUGCUGCAUAUGAUUUCUACAACAGCUAUGCUAGAGAUAAUGGUUUCAGCAUUAGAAAGAAUAAGGUCAGACAAGGGAAACGUGACAGCAAGUUGCUAACCGAGGAAGGACACAGCCGUAGGCUCGGAGCCGAGACACGCUGCUUUUGCGAAACGCACCUGACCGUCAAGCUUGACCAAAAGCGUGGGGUUUGGUAUGUUGAAAGUUUUGAUGACAAGCAUAGCCAUAUGUUGGCAGGACCGGACGAGGUACCUUUUCUUUGGUCCCAUAGAAAAAACAAAGAGUACCAGAAGCAUGAGAUAAUUUCCAUGGGAGCUGCAGGGAUUAGAAUUCACGACAUGAUGGAUUGCUUCAUCAGCAAACAUGUAUGGUACGGCGGUGUUGGUUUUACCAGGCGUGAAAUAUACAACCUUUGCGCCAAGGAGAAGAGGAAGCUGGUUUCAAAAGGUGAUGCUGCCACAGCCAUAUGCAUCAUGGCCAGUAGGAAACAGAGGGAUCCUAGCUUCUUUUCCGAGUACAAGCUAGAUAAGGAAGGACAUUUGAAUAGGAUGUUCUGGUGUGACUCCCAGUCUCAUCAUGACUAUGAGGACUUCGGCGACGUGCUUGUAUUUGACAGCACGUACAAGAUGAACCGCUAUGGUAUGCCAUUCAUACCUUUUGUUGGUCUUAACAAUCACCGGAAGACCACUUUUUUUGGUUGUGCCAUAGUUUCGGACGAGACCGAGGAGACAUACGUGUGGCUUCUGCAGACGUUUUUGAGGUCCAUGUGUCAAAAGAUGUCUAAGAGUGUUAUCACAGAUGCCGACGCUGCAAUGAUCAAGCACGUCCACGGCCACGUCUGA